AUGUCAAAUGUAAAAGUAAUAACAAAUACCGCCCGCGUAAUAAAUAAAAGACCUUUUAAAGUAUCAAUCGAAGGUAACAUAGGAUCGGGUAAAUCUACAUGCAUUAAAUAUUUCGAUAAAUACCCAAACGUCGAAAAACAUGCGGAGCCUAUAUCAGAAUGGCGCAACGUCAGCGGUCACAACCUCCUCAGUCUUCUGUACAGUGACAUGAAAGAAUGGACCUUCGCUUUCCAGCAUUAUGUGCAUCUCAGUCGUCUCAAAAUACAGACAAGCCCGCCUUGCAACCAAAAUAUAACAGUCAAAUUGUUUGAAAGAUCUAUCCAGAACAGUAGAUUUUGCUUUGUUGAAAAUGCAAAGAAGCAAGGAUUCCUCAAGGACCCUGAAUAUCAAGUGCUUUUGAAGUGGUUUGAGUACACGGAAAAGUAUUUAGACACCAGUUUAGAUCUCAUUGUUUAUUUAAAGACAACACCACAAACGGUUUGGGAAAGAAUGAUCAAAAGAGGCAGAACUGAGGAGUCUGAGAUACCACUGGAGUAUUUAGAACAAGUACACGAAUCCUACGAGAACUGGCUCAGUUCCCCUGAGGUUGGCUGUGAAGUGCUGACGAUUGACGCUGAUAGGAGCCUCGAUUGUGUCCUGAAAGACUUGGAACGAUACAGUUAUAAAAUAUUAGGUGGUAAUCACACUAAUUAG